AUGUCUUCUCCAAACGCUACCAACCAAGCCCAAAGCCCUGUCUCGGAUCAUAGUUCUGAACCCAUGGAUGUUGGUUCACCUAUCUCUUCUGCUCCCGACCACCAGGAUGCCUCCUCUGUGGCAACCAGUGCUAGUUCCUCUACUUCAAGCUUGCAGCGUGCCAACGACGCUAUUGACCGGGUUACCGUUAAGCUUGCAAAUUUGGCUGAACGUUUGGCCGAUGAUGAUAUUACCCAGGAUCAACGCCAAGCUAUCCAUUAUGAAAGCCAAAAACUCUCCAAGGACCUUGAAACAUUAAAGAACAUAUACAAAAAGAUGAGCAAGAAGGACAAGGGGUCCAGCCAUUCUACAAGACCUGUUGUACCACAAGAUUUGCCAAUGUUGCAAUGGACCGGCAACGUGUACGACAAAACCAAACUUACUUUUGGCUCUGUGGAGGAAUGCCUCAACCGUUUUGAGGACGUUGUUAGAUCCUAUAAUCAAGACAUGGAUGAAGCUUGGGGCCGUUUGUUGCCAAGAAUGCUAUCCCCUGAGCAACGAUCCUGGUACGAUGACAACUUGCGCCCUUAUGUGCACCUUCCUUGGAACUUUGCCCGCAAGACCUUAAUCAAGAAGUAUGGCAUUCACGAUGGUGAGCGUCAAUCACAAGCUAUGUUUGACCUUUUGGACAUGGCCAUGGAUCCCAAGGAGUCUGUUGAGUAUUAUACUGAUCGAUUCAACAAGACACAUCGUGAGGCCGGAUUGGAUGAUAACCUAGCAAUUGCUGCUGUGUAUACCAAAUCAUUGGUGCCGGAUUUGUACAAGCAAGUGCGACUUGCUCAAGUCAAUUUGCCAGUGGAGUUGCGAUCAACAACUGAACAAGCCGCCAAUGUCGCCCGUGGAUUAUACGCUACUGUCAUUGGAGCCACUCAAAAGCAUCAUUUCAAGGCCAAGUCAUCCGACAACAAGGAUAAGGACAAAAACAAGAAGCAAAAUCCUGGCAAUGGAAUGGUCAAGAUUCGUCGUUUGCAUGGCAAGGGUCACCACACUACUCAAGAAUGUCGCCUUCUCUCUCGUGAGGUAUCCAUUGCUCAAGGAAACAAGGUGGCCAAGCCAUAUGACAACAACAACAAGAACUACAAGCGUUGCUUCAAGUGCAACGAAGCUUAUCAUCCUGGUCAACCUUGCAGCAACAAGGCCAAAUUGGCUAUUCGCUCGGCUCGUCUUGUCGACGUUGAUGAAUCUCAUGCCUCGGUGUUGUAUCCUGGCACACAUUCUCACGUUUGUCAACCUGCUUUCUCU